AUGCCUCGGAAGCCACCUCUGGACGAUAGCUACUACCUAUGUGAAUCAUGCCAUGAGUCACCUUCUGCUGACCGUGGGAUGGUUGCUUGCGACGAAUGUGGAAAGUGGUUCCACUAUGCAUGUGCUAACGUGGACGAAUCAAUAGAAAAACACCCCUGGUGCUGUGAGAGAUGUUUGUCUGCCAGAUCACAGCGACACAGAGGAGGUAGCUCAACAUCGUCGCGACGUCGGUCAAUGGCAUUGGAGCUCCAACGGUUGGAGGAAGAAUAUGCCUUGCAGCAAGAAUACAUGCAUAAGCGGUAUGAAAUGAUGGCAUCGUUUCUCGAGGACGAAGAAGAGAAUGAUAGUCACAGGAGUCAACACCGCUGCGUUAGAAAUGUGGAUUACGGCGGUCGUUAUACGGAUAAUGCGAGCAAUCAUACGUUGGUAAAUACAGUCGCUCAAUCGACUCCAAAUAUUGGACCAACGGCGGUCCAAAUCUCAGCAAGGCAAGUGUGGCCAAAGAAGCUGCCGGUGUUCACUGGGGCAGCAGAGGAAUGGCCCAUUUUCAUAAGUUCAUAUGAAAAUUCUAACGCUGCUUGUGGGUUCUCUGAUGUAGAAAACCUUAUACGACUGCAGGAGAGUCUAAAAGGUCCAGCGUUAGAAAUCGUCCGCAGUAGGUUACUAUUACCUGCGAACGUUCCAAAGGUGAUUGAAACAUUGCGUCGUGUCUACGGAAAGCCGGAGAUUCUCAUUCGUUCGUUGAUAUCGAAGGUACGGGCUAUAGAUCCUCCGAAGUCUGACCGAUUGGAUUCCAUCAUCAAAUUCGGCAUUGCCGUACAACAACUGUGCGACCAUUUAGAGGCGGCGAACCAACAAGAUCACCUUAGAAAUCCAGUCCUAUUGGAAGAAAUGGUGGAGAAGCUGCCAGCUAAUUUCAAGUUGGAAUGGGUACGCUUCAAGAAAAGUAAGGAGCAUGUGUCGAUCCGUACGUUUGGGAAUUUCAUGGAAAAUCUGGUGGAUGAAGCUAGCGAAGUGACACUUCUGAAUGCGCCAUCAGAGUCCAUGGUAAAGCAGGAGAAGAAAGCAUCGGUGAAACAAAAAAGGUUCCUUCUAUCACACAGUGGCCCGAACGCUACACCUGAGGGUGACACUAAAUCGGAUAAAAUGAGGGACGAAAAACCAUGCGCCACGUGUUCAAAGGUCGGGCAUCGAGCGCGAAAUUGUGAGGAAUUCAAGAAGUUGAAGCCAAUCGAACGUCUUCAGUUGGUGAGGAACCGAAAACUAUGUGCCGUGUGUCUCUACAGUCAUGGUAGUAUGCGCUGUCGGAAUAAGAUGUUAUGCAACGUCCAAGGCUGUCAUGGUAAGCAUCAUGCCUUACUUCAUAACGCUGAUGAACCAGAAGAAGCAAAUUGCAUGGUGCACCAAAGAAGCGCCAAAUCAUCCGUGGUAUUCCGAGUCGUUCCGGUAACACUCACAAAUGGAGCUUGUGAGUUAGCGACCUAUGCCUUCCUGGACGAGGGUUCUUCCAAGACACUAUUGGAGAAAAGCGUAGCUACCAAACUGGGGCUGAAAGGAACUGUAAGACCAUUAGAUCUAACAUGGACUUCUGGAGUUACUAGGACUGAAAAAACAUCGAUGAAUGUGCGCUUAAUGGUGUCGAGCAGAGAAUCGAACCAGCGAUACUUAUUAACAGAUGUACACACUGUUGAACGACUAAAUUUACCAAGACAAAGUGUAAAUUUCAAUAAACUGGUGUCAAGAUUCGAUCACUUGCAAGGAUUGUUUGUCGAAGAACAGAAUGAUGCUGAACCGACCAUUUUGAUCGGCCUGGACAACCUCGAUUUGAUGGUACCUUUGGAAUCGCGGAUAGGUGGAACCGGAGAGCCAGUGGGAUUACGCUGUAAACUAGGAUGGACGAUCAGUGGACCAGUAGCUUCAAUCGCUUCAGAUGGUUUUUGUGGUGUGCACCAGUGUGAUGUUUCGUUGGACCAAGCACUGAGAAAUUAUUUCACUAUAGAAGAGGCCGGAAUUACGUGCCCGUAUCGCGUGGAAUCCGAUGAAGACCGAAGAGCUCGUGUUAUUUUGGAGCAAACCACAAAACGUGUGGGUACCAGAUUCGAAACGGGCCUGCUAUGGCGUAACGACGAGGUGCGUCUUCCGAACAGCUAUUCGAUGGCAUACCGGCGCAUGCAGAGUUUGGAGCAACGCUUCAAGAAGGACCCCGAGUUGCAACACAAGAUAGCUUGUACAAUUGACGACUUUGUGAAGAAGGGAUAUGCACAUAAAGCAACAGCCAACGAGCUCAGCUCUAGCGAGAUAGGUAGAGAGUGGUAUCUACCAUUGAACGUAGUGGUCAACGCGAAAAAACCGGGUUAA